AUGUCCAUUUAUACAAGUAUUACUGCUUCCUUACCCUUUAUUGAAGUCGAUUUAAAAUUAACUCCACAACAAAUGUCUAUGUUUAUUAAUGGUUACAAAUAUAUUAUACCAUGUCAAACUCUUUUAUCUUCUAAAAGCAUGGAACAACAUGUUAGUGAACAGUAUCAAAGUAUAUCAACUACAAUUAAAAACUGUCUAAGAGAUCAUCGAAUACCAACCUCAGAUAAACGAGCAAAAGAAGCAUUCCUUGCAUUACAACAUAUUUUACUUGAAUUACAAUUAAAAAAGGUUCCAAGAACAUUAGAGAGACGUGCCAAGCACGAAAAUAAAAUUGUGCAAAGUAUUCAAUGCCUUCUCCGUAACCGACCAGAUAUUGUUGUACGGCGCACAGAUAAAAGCAAGGUGUUUUAUAUUGGCAAGGCAACUGAUUUAGCACGAAAAGCUGAAGAAUAUAUGUUAAAAACAAAUGCUUAUCAAGAAAUUACGAAUGGCCGCUGUCCAUUAUCAGAUAUGUUAUAUGCUGUACAAAAAUUACUCUCAAAUCUUGUAAGACAAAAAGCUAUUACCAUUCAACAAUUUAAGAAAAUAUCUCCUAAAACAAUGGACUUAGAACUCGGCCAUUACCAUGGACUACCAAAACCACAUAAACCUGGUACACCAUUGCGUCCUAUAGUUGCUUCAAUUCAUGCUCCAGCAACAUUGUUAUCAAAAUUUUUGAAUGAUUUAUUAGCGCCUAUAUAUUUGAAAGUUACACGUGAAGUGACAUUUAUUAAUGGCAUUGAUGUAGUUAGAAAAUUAGAAACAUACGUUUUGGACGGUCACUUCCAAGCCACAACAAAAUUUAUCGUAAUUGAUGUGACUGAUCUCUACACGAUGAUACCUCGUGAAGAAGCAUUACAUGCAUUGAUGCGAUUUUUGGAAAACAAUUCACAUCAUGGGAAAAUAGGUACACUAUCGAUUGAUGCUAUUAUGAGAAUGGCUCGAUUAAUAUUGGAUACGAAUUAUUUUGUUUAUGACAAUAAAUAUUAUAGACAAAUUCGUGGUGGUGCUAUGGGUUCAGCAUUUACACAAGUACUUGCGAAUAUCUAUAUGCAUGAAUGGGAGCAAGAUUUGAUCAAAUAUCAAGCAGCACACAAUGGAAUCUAUGGAAGAUACAUCGAUGAUAUAUUCAUGGCAACAAACGAGAACAUGGCUGAUAUUAAAAAAGAACUUGGAAAAGCUGCCAAAAAAGAUAUCAAUAUUAAAAUUAACUAUCAAAUUGAUACAUGUGUUAACUUUUUGGAUGUUACUGUACUAAACAUAAAUGGCCGAUUGAAAACAAACCUCUAUCACAAAAAUACAGCGGAACCAUAUAUAUUACCAUACUCAUCAGACCAUCCACGACAUGUUCAUCGUAAUAUACCAUUUGCUGCUUUAUUACGUGCUGCUCGACUUUGUUCCGAUGUACAAGAUUUCAACAAUGAACUUAUUCGCAUUGAUAUGUCGUUGUUAUUAAGUAAUUAUCCACCAAAAUUCAUUCAAAAACGAUUCAAUCGAUUUUUCCGUGUGUAUGAUGCAAUGCAAGUUCUGACAAAACUAAACUGCAAUGUGUACACCAGACUACACCAACAAGUAUUGUACCAACCUACACGACGUGAAAAGCAACUUCAAACAAUAAUGCAAGAUGUCAUUCAAUCCCCUCCCGUACUACAAGACAAGACAUGGGACCCAGACAUGAUGUACCCCCGAUAUGAAUAUCACAAUUUGGCCUUUCGUCAAUUCCGACAAAAAUUCUUACAAUGGUGGCGAACUUACUAUGCAAAUGUUGAGCCUGCACUUGCUAACAUCAAAGUUCGACCAGUUGCUGCCACCAAUUUAACACUUGAAACAGUCUUCAUACGUAAAAAACCACCGAAACAAAUCUUGACACGAAUCGAGCAAAAAUGA